CAAUCAAAGCCCCGACCCCGCCCCCUCCCUGCGUCACACGUCUUUCAAGUGACGUCAAAGUGUCUGCAGGUGUUGGAAGAGGCGCAGUAUUGGCGUAAGUGACGCUUUAAAACGGCUUUUACGAUGGCUUCAGCUACAGAUAACCGUUAUGGACAAAAGGAGUCUUCCGACCAGAACUUUGAUUACAUGUUCAAAAUCCUGAUCAUCGGGAACAGCAGCGUCGGAAAGACCAGCUUUCUGUUUCGUUAUGCAGACGACUCCUUCACGCCAGCAUUCGUGAGCACGGUGGGCAUCGACUUCAAGGUGAAGACCAUCUACAGGAACGACAAGAGGAUAAAGCUGCAGAUCUGGGACACGGCGGGACAGGAACGCUACAGAACCAUCACCACCGCCUACUACCGCGGAGCCAUGGGCUUCAUCCUCAUGUACGAUAUCACCAACGAAGAGUCUUUUGCCGCAGUGCAGGACUGGUCCACGCAGAUUAAGACGUACUCGUGGGAUAAUGCCCAGGUACUGCUUGUGGGCAACAAGUGUGACAUGGAGGAUGAGAGGGUGGUGGCCGCUGAGAGGGGACGACAGCUCUCUGAGCAUCUCGGCUUCGAGUUUUUCGAGGCCAGCGCCAAGGACAACAUUAACGUUAAGCAAACCUUUGAGCGCCUGGUAGACAUAAUCUGCGAGAAGAUGUCCGAGAGCCUGGAUGCCGCUGAUCCUGCAGUGACGGGGGCCAAACAGGGGCCGCAGCUCACCGAGCAGCCCGCCGCUCCGCACCAGGACUGCGCCUGCUGAAAACCCCACGGCUCUAUCUGCACUGCCUUGCACCGACACACAGAAAAACACCCGUUUAGGUAUUUAACAAGAACAAGAAACAUAAGACCCUCAGUUCCCGUACUGCCUUCUCUGGCCACACAAUCUAUAGCUCCUCCCCCUCCUCUCCAAAUACUCAUCUUCAGUGAUUUUAUCUAACGUGCAAUCCAUUCAGUUUUAAAAAGAAACUUAAAGGGACAGUUCACCUAAAAACGUAUUAUUUAUCCUCGUGUUUGAAAAACGGUCCCCAUUUACUCCCAUAGUAUGAAAAAAAACAACUCUUUGGUGAUCGAUGUUCCUCAAAAGAUCUUCUUUUUUGUUCAGCAGAUGGAAGAAACUCAUACGGGUUUGAAACAACUCGAGUGACAGAAUAAACAUUUUUAGGUGAACCGCCCCUUUAAGGGAUCGAUCAGGCCUGAAAUUAUGUUUCAUAAAAAUUGUGUUUUAAAGACUUUCUAAUUAGGCCUAAGUUGAGAUUUUAGGAGCGUGUAAUCAGGCCUAAGCUUUACUAAGUUUCCGAUGCCUUCAUUUCACUUCAGAUUUUCUUCACCCGCUCUUCCACAUCCUUAAAUUAUUUAUGAACAAAUAUAAAAAAGCGACAUGGACAGAGAUUUCUGUAUAUUUAUUCCAAAAAGUGUACAUAAUAAAUACAGUUCAGUAUUUAAAUAAUACAUUAGAAAUAUAUAUCGACAAGGUUUUUUUUUUCUUUUUUUGGAAAUUCUGACAAAUAUAAAGGAAGUUAGAGAAGUCAAUUAAUGCUGUUUUCAUGGUGAUUUUUUGCAGUGCUCGUCACAAACCUUUCUUGCUUAUUUGUAUCUGUGACAUUGUAUCUUGUUCACUGCCUUGCCUCAUGUUAUUUCAGUCCCGGGACUGAAAGCCAGAUAUCAUACACAAACAUUCCUUACUGUAAAUUUGCAUGGAAGGAAAUGAAGCCAUUUAGGCAAAUAGUGGUAGGAUUCCUUUCUCGACGCUUCGUUAGGUCACAAGUGUAUACAAGUGUAUUUCUAGACAAAAACCGAGUUUGCUGUUGCUUAUUUCAUUCUAGCAGCAGAGCCAUAAGCUCGACCUACUUGCUAUCAACAUUACUCUCAUACGCUCUCAAAAAUUAGCAAACGUCACUGAGAUUUCGACUGGCAUUUCCCAUAAUGACUUUUUUUUUUGGACUGGCGUGUCCUGUGCAAGAUUUUACGUGGCUGCCAGGCCUGCAACUAUAAUGCAAAAGUCAGUUUGCAGAAAAAAAAAAAAAAAAAAAGCCCACGAUAAGUAUUAAUGUUUACAUGUGCGAGAUCCUCCCCGAUUAUUCCUGCAUCUUUCCUUUGCUCUUCUGUCUUCCUUUAGUGAAAACUUUAGUGUAAAUACAUUUGAGCCUUCGGUUUUAUGUGUGGACUGUGUCGUAUCGAUUAUGGGCUUUAAAAAAAAUCUAGGCGAUAUUAAAAACAAAUAUAUAAAAAGAGGAUUUAAAGGAUGUUCUUUACCUGCUGUUGUGUAUGCCUGCUCGUGAAUGAAUGUGUCACUUUAUUACAGAGCAAUAUUGAAGAAAAUACCUUUUCGCGUGUUGCGGAUUAUUUAUCGUUUCGUUAACAUUUUCGUAGGACGGGAUGGAAAUGUGGUCGUUUGAGCAAGUGGUUUAAAUCCUAGUCGCAAAAAGUACUGUUGUAAACCAAAGCAGGCAGAUAGACCGACUGUGACGUCUUCUGUGGAGCUGGUUUGCUAAAAAUCUAAAGCCUGACUGUAUUUAUGGCGAAUGCUGUUCGUUAUUUCUAACAAAAAAAAUUAGUGUACUUGUCUGCAGAGCCAUUGCUACAUCCGUGAGGCCUGGGACAAGUUCUUUGUAGGUGGGUUCCCAGCAGAUGAGGACCUUUAGUGAGCUUCAUGCGUUUCAGAAAUGAGAAGAUAAUGAGUUUUAACCCUUAUUAACAUCGCAGCUCACCCUGUAAGGCAUCCGCUCCACGUUCACACCAGUUUAUCAUGACUAAGAGUUUGUCCAUUUCCUACGUUUUUAUCUAUGAUUAUUUUUACUCAUGCUUUCCAUUGUGAUUUCUAAUUUAAUUUUUUGUUUUCUGAUAAUCGAGUGUAACGUACAAGGAAAAAACACUAAUAUGCAGUAGUAAAUGUACUGUACUUACAAUAAGGGGUUUGGUGUCAAAGUGUCCAGUGGUGAAAUUUACCAAAUCAACUGUCUAUGUUGUGAAAAUGACUGAACUUAUUAAAAAAAAAAAAAUUAAAGUUUGUGAUGUUUACUUGA